UAUGUCUCUUUCUCUCUCUCUCUGAAGCAUCAGUCCAUGGUGCAGGUUAAUGAGUGAUCAGUAUUAUUCUACUUUUAACCUUCGGCCACAUUUUCUUGUUAUUUAAUACUUAAUAACUCCCCUAUGAGCAGGUUGUUACGACAACAGAGUCGAAAGUGUCUGUAUCAUGUCCCCCAUGCUAAAUGUGAUGAUCCCCUUUGAGAUGUGCAGGCUGGUUGUGCUACGUCAUAUCAGUUAUAGCCCUAUCAGUUCGAAAUCUUCUGAAUCACGUAUAUUUAUCCUCUUGUUAUGUGAGGUAUAUAUGAAGUCAUCAUGACAUAUUUUGACACAUCAUGACAGUGCAUCCUCCACCUUUGACCUUUCUGUACAGUUAACCCCCAUCAACUCUAUCACAGUGAGUGAUGUGUGUGAAGUGAGGGGGUGAAGGAAGCUAGAUACCAUUGGUCAGUCAUUGACAAUUAGGGCUAAACCCCUCCUUGAUGAAUAGGAAACAUUCCAGAACAUAUUAACCAUCAAUCCCACCAUGGCCAUUUAACCUGAGUUACUGCUCCAGAGCCCAUGCCUGAGAUUGUCUUCAACAAGCUUCAUUGGCCAGUGGACCGUCAGUCACAUCGCUACUUUUCCGUGACCUCUGAAUUUCUCACCAACUUCAGUAGUAAGCGCUGGUGUACUGUACACAAUGAGUGACAUGGUGACAGAGAUUUUGGCCUUUAUUCUGACCACAUCUGGCUGGGUCCUGAUCUCCUCCACCAUACCCACGGAUUACUGGAAGGUGUCCUCUCUGGAUGGCACAGUCAUCACCACAGCUACCUACUGGUCCAACCUGUGGAAGGCAUGUGUCACUGAUUCAACAGGAGUCUCCAACUGCAAGGACUUUCCAUCUAUGCUGGCACUGGACGGUUAUAUUCAGGCCUGCAGGGGUCUGAUGAUCGCUGCUGUCUGCCUGGGCUUCUUUGGUGCUGUCUUUGCCCUGGUUGGAAUGAAGUGCACCAAGAUUGGGGGAUCAGACCAAAGCAAAGCCAGAAUGGCUUGCUUCGCCGGGGUCAAUUUCAUACUCAGCGGUCUCUGCUCGUUGUCCGCAUGCUCCCUGUACGCACACAGAAUAACAUCUGAGUUUUUUGACCCCAUGUUUGUUGCUCAGAAGUAUGAACUGGGAGUUGCCUUGUUCAUUGGUUGGGCAGGAUCUAUCCUGUGUGUUCUGGGAGGGGGAAUAUUCUGCUUCUCCGUAGUAGAUAGUUCCACUAGAAGCUCCAGUCGCACAGGCUAUGCCUACGGAGGACCUGCCUCCACCUCCCAUGUCUCUUCCCACCCUAGAGGGCAUGCACAGCCCAUGAGCCAACGGCCUCCACCCAAAUACAGCAGCUCCACCAGAGCACAGCACUUUGAUAAGAAUGCCUAUGUGUAAGGGAUGAUAGGGAAAAUGCAGAUCUUGAACAGAGGAAGACUCAUCGCCACUCCAGUUAAAAGGAGAGAAAGAAUGUGCUACGUGACUGGCUGGCCCAUUGUGUCACAAAUCACGAUUGCCCAGAGAGAAAUCACUGGAUAUUGGAUCCUGGAUCCUGGAUCCUGCUGUCCACCUAUUUAUAAGGGAAUUAAUUUCCAUUCAGAGUCGAAUGGAAAUCAUAGCCUUUUGUUAGUUCACAGGAGAUAAGCUGAUAUUUUUUGUCUGACAUUCUCGUGGCAGAAGUUAAAGGAGCAAUCUGCAGUUGCUCCAUCCAUUUUUGGACUUAUAAAUGAAUGAUACGUCUUGAAGAAAAUAACUUAUGAGUGCCUCAUGUGCUUAGUUCAGCUGUCAUUACCCCAUCAGAACCCAGCCUCAAAACAUGGUAAAAAAAUAUAAUCUUGUUAUCAUUAAAGAUCAGCUCUGUCUAUGAA